CACAUAUAUAAAUAGUACUAGUAAGUAAUUAGUCGUAUUUGAUCGAUCGAUAUCAAUGGCGGCAACCUCCUUGUUUACCAAAAAUUUUCUCAUUGCUUUCAUUCUCCUCUCUCAGAGAAGUAGUGAUGCAUCAAGGAGCACCUCUUUCUUCAACAAUGUGAUGUCAAGUAAUGAAGAGAAGUCACAAGAAAAUGAGGUCAACUUUGGUCAAGAAGUGGUCAGCGCCGCCGCAGUAGUCGCGGAGGGCCACCGCAUGGCAACUAGUCCUUUUUCUAAACUGCAGGAGGAGUCCAGCACUGACAGAAGCCUGUCCCGAUCCCCACCCCCACCCAAGGGCAACGCUGGCACCCACCCGCGCUACCCCGCCCCUCCGAUCCGCCGUGAAAAAUCCUACGUGAAUGCCGGAGACAGCAAAACGAUUCAGCCGGCGGUGGAUACCGGCAAAGACAAAAACGGAGGCCCUGGCACGCAGCAGCGCAUCCCCACGCUCCGCCGUGAGAAAUCCUACGUGAAUGGUGGAGAGAGCAAUAUGCUUCAGGCUGCGGAGGAACAAAAAACACGCUACCAAUCCAUAGGACCCCGGCAACCCAAUCAGGCAGGAGAGGGAAAGCGCUCAUUAUACCACGUCGGAAAACAGUUUCCUCCCAAUUAUGCCACUCACAUAUACCAAUGAUCGAUCGAGUAGAAC